AUGUUAAGCGCUAUUUUCUGCUAUAUUUUCGAUGAAGAGCGAUUUUCACAAAAUCAGAGAAAUCUCACAGGAGAAACAUAUCACAAGAGAUUUUGUAAAGAUCUCAACGAAUACGAAUCCCUCGAAAUGGUUUCCAAAAAAUUCAAAUUUGAUCUCAAGGAAUGGGAUAUGGUAGCUGUUAUUCGAGAUCCCCUAGAGAGGUUUGCUUCUGGAUUUGCUGACAAAUGUCUAAGGGAGAAGGUAUGGAAGAGUUAUCCCAGACGAUGUAAUCGUUGCAGAACUGUGAGUCAACCGUUACACUGUUCAUUUCUUGGUUCUAAAUAUAAUUUUCGCUUCUCCAUGAAGAAUUUAACAUGCUUCAUGGAGAGGCAGUAUAGCAGGAUGAUGCACUGGACAACAAAUAUUGAAGCUCAUCGGUCGCCAGAUUUUGACGAUGACCAUUUCUUUCCUCAAAGUUGGCGCUGCGAAUUCCACUCUCAUUUUCACGACUACAAAAUUCUGCACCUCGACACCUCACGGCCAUCAGCGUUCAUCGAUAGCCUUCUUUCCAUAUUUAAGAAGAACAACGUCUCCGACAAAGCUAUCCACUACAUUAAAUCGUCCGUUGUCUCCGGUAGAAAUAGGCACAGUACAGUAGAUACCUUGGAACGGAAGCAAACAAAAGAGGCACUUCUCUCUAACGCGUAUCUCAUCGACCUUCUUAUCAAAAUGUACUAUUAUGAUUUUAUUUUGUUUGGAUAUCCAAUUCCAGCAAUACAACAUAACUGA